AUGUCCGUGGCUGAACGCUUGAAAGCAAUUGACAAGCUAAAACUAUGUGGUCUCUGCUUGAAUAAUCACGGCAAUAAUCGUUGCAACUGGCGCUGUACUGUGAAACACUGCGGCGGAACUCAUCACUACUUGUUGCAUCGGAGGGAAGAGUCGGUGCAGUUGAUGGAAGUGGCGUGUAACUCACACAAGAACGUGUAUAGUGCAGUGAUAUUUCGUAUGGUACCAGUGACGCUGAUCGUAGGAAAGAUAAGUGUCAAAACUGUAGCAUUUCUAGAUGAAGGUUCAUCCAGCACGCUAAUAGACGAGAGAAUAGCUAAGCAGUUGAAGGCGAAGGGUGAAGCUGAACCACUACUAGUGAAAUGGACUGGUGAUAUCAGACGCCACGAGAAUGGCUCGCGUAAAAUUAAGCUGAAACAGUCAGUGAAUGAGGGAAAGGAGCUAUUUGCACUAGAAAACGUACGUACAGUGUCGGAACUAGUGUUACCGAAACAAAGUAUGCGGUUUGCUGAUGUUUCGGCGUGGUAUCUGCAUCUGGCUGGCAUACCGGUGGCCGAUCAUUCGUCGGAAGAGCCGGCAAUCUUGAUAGGGCUUGAUAAUUUGCAUCUUUUCGCACCGCUAGAGUCACGAGUUGGUAAAGAUGAUGAGCCAAUUGCCGUGCGGUCGAAGUUGGGUUGUACAGUAUAUGGUCCGGGACAUCGAAAAUCAAGUGCUGAAACGUUCCUCAAUCUUCAUUCAAUAAAACCAGCAACUAAUCAGGAACUGCAUGAUAUGAUCCGGAUGCAGUACGCGCUAGAUGAAGCAGGAGUCACCUCUUUCAGAGUACCGGAGUCAGUGGAGGACCAACGAGCUCAAGCGAUCCUACAAUCAACAACGACUCGGGUCGGUGAUCGUUUUCAAACAGGACUCCUGUGGCGAGAGGACGAAAGAUGUUUUCCUGACAGUUAUCCGAUGGCUGUACGUAGGAUGAAGGCGUUGGAGAGAAAGCUGGAAAGAGACCCCAAAUUGAAGCAGAACGUGUGUAAGCAAAUUAGUGAAUACCAAGUCAAAGGGUACGCACACCGAGCAACGAUGCAAGAGUUGACGGAAAUACUACGGUCAGCUGUUUGGUACUUGCCGCUCAAGGUAGUUUUGAACCCUCGAAAGCCUGACAAGGUCCGCUUAGUAUGGGAUGCUGCAGCAUCUGUCGAGGGAGUAUCGUUGAAUACGGAGUUGCUAAAGGGACCAGAUCUACUGGUUUCUCUUUCGAGAGUGCUUUGCAGUUUUCGGGAACGGCCGGUAGCGUUCGGAGGAGACAUUGCCGAAAUGUACCACCAGAUCAAAGUCAGACCUGAAGAUAAAUCUGCACAACGAUUUCUGUUCCGUUCUAAUCUGGAUGAACCACCACAGGUAUAUGUGAUGGAUGUGCUCACCUUCGGCUCGACAUGCUCGCCUUGCUCAGCACAAUUCGUAAAGAAUGCAAAUGCUGAGCAAUUCUUGGACGAGUUUCCUGACGCUGCGAAGGCGAUUAUUUAUCGUCACUACGUAGACGAUUAUUACGACAGCGUAGACACGGAAGCGGACGCAAUUAGAAAUGCAAAGGAGGUUCAGCAUAUCCACUACCAGGGCGGAUUCCACAUCAGGAAUUGGGUGUCAAACUCCAAUGCGUUUUUGAAGGAAAUGGGUGAAAGGAAUGCAAGCAGGACGGUAUAUUUCAACCAGAAUAAAGAUACGGAUUACGAACGUAUUUUAGGUAUCAUGUGGAAUCCGAAACAAGAUGUAUUUUUGUUUGCCACAUCGUCUAACGUUGGACUUCAAGAAGUUGUGCAAAGCCGUUCCCGACCGACUAAAAGGAAAGUACUCAGUUGUGUGAUGUCCCUCUUCGACCCGCUAGGGCUUUUGUCGCCAUUCACAGUGCUGGGAAGGAUGUUGGUACAAGAUAUUUGGCGAACGGGUUGCCAAUGGGACGAUCUUAUAGACGACGUGUCCUACCAGAAAUGGAUUCGUUGGUCGCAAUUGCUAUCGAGCAUUGAACGGUUUAAAGUUCCGCGAUCCUAUUUCGGUGCUGCAAAGGCAAGCGAAAUUGAGGAUAUGCAGCUUCAUAUCUUCACAGAUGCUAGUGAGACAGCUUACGGUUGUGUGGCGUAUUUGCGAGCAGUAAUCAGAGGUGAAGUUAAGUGUGCUUUGGUGAUGAGCCGCGCGAAAGUGGCCCCACUAAAGCAAGUAUCGAUCCCACGGUUGGAGCUUCUAGGUGCAGUUUUAGGAGCGCGUUUAGUACGAACGGUGCACGAAAGUCAUAGCUUCCAAAUUAACAAACAGUUUAUUUGGACCGAUUCGCAGACAGUGCUGUCUUGGAUCCGGUCCGAUCAACGCAGAUACAAGCAAUUUGUUGGGUUCAGAAUUGGAGAGAUCCUGAGCCUAACGAAACUCACAGAAUGGUUUUGGGUACCAACGAAGUUGAAUGUAGCUGAUCAGUUAACCAAAUGGAGUAACGACUUCGAUCUUCUCUCAGACAGUACAUGGGUUAACAGUCCAAGGUUUUUGUACCAGGCAGUGGAAGAUUGGCCAAUGAAGAACUUGCCACCAGCAAAUACGACAGAGGAGCUACGGGUCCAUCUACUUCUGCAAGACGUAGUUGUACCGGAAAGUUUCAUCGACUUCCGUCGAUUUUCCAAGUGGACCGUGCUUGUCCGAACCAUGGCUACGGUGCAUCGAUUCGCGACGAAUUGUCGGAAAAAGUCCGAGGGAUUGCCGAUUGAAACGCUGAAAGCAACGCCAAAUCAGAGAAAGUUGAUGGUCACAUGUACAAUUCCAUCAAGGCGUGUACCAUUACAGCAGGAGGAAUAUCAGAAAGCAGAACGAGCACUAUUGAAGAUAGCACAGCUAGAUGCUUACAGGGACGAGUUGGCGGUUUUGCUGCGCAACAAGGAGCGGCCAAUCAGCGAGUGGCUGACUAUCGAAAAAUCAAGUGUGCUAUACAGGCUGACUCCUCUGAUCGAAGAAGAUGGGCUGAUUCGCAUGGAAGGGCGCGCGGCGAAUGCGGAGUUCCUCCCCUUUGACUUGCGAUUUCCAAUCAUCGUACCGGAUGAUCAUCCGAUUGCGAAGUUGAUAGUGCAACACUAUCAUGAAAGGUUUGGCCACAUGUAUAGGGAAACAGUUAAGAACGAGUUGAAGCAGCGGUUUCACAUACCAAAAGUCAAUGCAGUAAUACGGAAAGUGUCAACGUCAUGUCAAUGGUGCAGGGUGCGCCGCAGUCGUCCACAAGCUCCACGGAUGGCACCAUUGCCGGUACAAAGGUUGACUCCAAAUAUUCGACCAUUCAGCCAUGUUGGAGUCGACUAUCUGGGUCCAUUCGAGGUAACGGUCGGUCGCAGAAAGGAAAAGCGGUGGGUCGUAUUGUUCACCUGUAUGGUAGUUAGAGCCGUGCAUGUAGAAGUGGCGCAUAGUUUGACGACGCAGUCAUGCUUGAUGACGAUUCGACGGUUUGUGUGUCGUAGAGGACCUCCCAGCGAAUUCUUCUCGGACAACGGCACGAAUUUGCGAGGAACGAGUAAAGAAGUCAUUAGCAUGAUGCAAACCAUUGGACUGGAUUGUGCCGACGAAUUCACGAAUGCGAGAACUAAAUGGACGUUUAAUCCACCCGCCACACCGCAUAUGGGUGGUGUGUGGGAGCGGCUUGUUCGGUCCAUCAAGGACGCACUGGAGGCGUUGAACGACGGUCGGCGAGUGACUGACGAAAUUUUGCAGACGUCCAUUAUUGAAGCGGAAGAGAUGGUGAAUUCUCGUCCACUCAUCUAUAAUUCAGAGCAGUCACUGGAAGCAGACGCACUAACUCCACACAAUUUCUUGCGGGGCGUUUCUCCAAAUGAACCACAUGCAACCCCACCUCCAGUAAAUGCAGCAGAAGCCUUGCGGGAUUCCUACAAACGGUCCCAACAAAUUGCAGACGAGAUGUGGAAGAGGUGGGUUAAGGAAUACGUACCGUCAGUGAAUCAAAGAACGAAGUAG